AUGGCUCCAUCAUCCUCUUCUCUUCAUGGGGGUUUUAUUCUUCUGUUUUCGGUCAUUGGCCUCUCGACUUGCUUGAUGAGAGGAAAUGAGACUGACCGACUUUCCUUGCUUACAUUCAAAUCCCUCAUAAGCAACGACCCGCUUAAGGCCCUCGAUUCCUGGAACGAAACCCUUCACUUUUGCGAGUGGCGAGGGAUAACUUGCAGCAGAAGGCACCAACGAGUCACUGUUCUCGAUCUCCCAUCCUUGAAGCUCGCCGGUUCAAUCGCACCUCAUAUAGGGAAUUUAAGCUUCCUCAGGAAGGUUAAUCUUCUAGGUAACGAGUUCACUGGUGAAAUCCCACCUGAAAUCGGUUACUUGACGAGACUACAGAAGCUAAUACUGUAUAACAACUCGCUGAACGGUGAGAUUCCUACCACCUUGUCCAACUGCUCUUACCUUACCCUCAUUGGUAUUGCUGGUAACCAGCUUGAGGGAAAGAUCCCGGUCGAGUUAUGCUCUUUGGAAAAGCUUCAGUAUCUCGCUGUACAGGAUAACUAUCUCAAUGGAAUAGUACCUGCUUCCAUUGGCAAUUUGUCUUCACUGAUUAUACUCUCUGCAGUUGACAAUGCUCUGUAUGGCAGCAUCCCGUAUUCCCUUGGGCAGCUCGAGCAUAACCAGCUCUCAGCUUCGGUGCCUUGCUUAGCAAAGUUGCAUAAGCUUCGGAAUUUGGAUAUUGCUGUCAACCAUCUGGGAACCGGGGGAGCCGAUGACCUAAACUUUCUCUCUUCAUUAGUCAAUGCAACUGGAUUGCAAGUUGCCUUUAUAAGCGGCAAUCACUUUGGAGGACGAAUACCAGAAACCAUCAGCAACUUUUCGACCACUCUUGCAAUCUUCAGUAUAGAGAACAAUCAGAUAUCUGGAGAGAUCCCUUCCAAUGUAGGAAAUCUUGUCAAUAUGGAAGCAUUUGAUGUGGCAAACAAUCAAAUUUCGGGUACAAUUCCCAGGAGCAUCGGAAAGCUCCAAAAGAUCGUUAAGUUGUUCUUCUCUAGCAACCAAUUGACAGGACAAGUUCCAUCUUCCAUCGGAAAUUUGACCAAAUUGAUCGAGUUGAAUCUUGGUAGCAACUUCUUGCAGGGGAAAGUACCCCCAAGUCUAGGCCUGCUGCAAGAUUUAGUUUAUUUGGAUCUUUCAAUAAACCACCUUACUGGUCCCCUACCCAUUGAGAUUUUCAGCCUUUCUUCGCUGUCAAUCUACCUCGACCUUUCUAGAAAUAACUUGUCUGGUAUUCUGCCCAAUGAAGUUGGAAAUUUGAGAAAUUUGGGUUCACUUUAUGUCUCGGAGAACCAUUUUUCAGGCACUAUUCCUGCCUCGUUAGGGACCUGUGUAAGAUUGGAGCGGCUACAUAUGGGGGGAAACCAAUUUCAGGGGGCAAUUCCAGAGUCUAUAGGUUCGUUAAGGGGUCUAGAAAAGUUAGAUCUUUCGCACAACAAUCUUUCGGGUGAGAUCCCAAGAUCCUUAGAGAACCUGAACCUCCUACUCGUAUUGAACCUGUCUUACAACCAUUUCGAGGGCCCGGUACCAGCUAAUGGAGUUUUCAAGAAUGCAAGUGCAGCUUUCAUCAUGGGGAAUAGCAAGCUUUGUGGGGGAUCAGUCGAGUUGCAUCUGCCCAAAUGCGACCUGAAGGAGUCCAAGAGGGCAUAUCUGAAGAAACUAACUUUGAGAUUAGUCGUCUCAAUCGUAUUCGCACUCUUAGCAGUGUCACUGUCGGCACUCUUUGUUUUCCUUUACUGGUUUAAAAGGAACAAAAGAGGCCCUUCCUCAAGCAGCUCCACUGAUAGGUCUCUCUUGUCUGUGUCAUAUCAUACGCUCCUGAAGGCUACGGAUGGCUUCUCAGAGGCGAGGUUGCUUGGCAUUGGUGCAUUUGGUUCCGUCUAUAAGGGAUAUAUUGGAGAAGGUGAGGACCAAAAGAUUAUUGCAGUGAAAGUGCUAAACUUGUUGAGGAGAGGAGCAAUCAAGAGCUUCUUGGCUGAGUGUGAGGCCCUGAGAAACAUCAGGCACCGCAAUCUCGUCAAGGUACUCACAGCAUGUUCGGGGAUCGAUAGCAGUGGUAAUGAUUUCAAGGCCCUCGUUUACGAAUUCAUGGUCAAUGGUAGUCUAGAGAAUUGGCUACGUCAGACCCAUCUCGAAGAGAGUGGAGCGAAUGAAACCCCGAGGAACCUAAGUCUGCAGCAGAGGUUGAACAUCGCAAUUGAUACUGCUUCGUCUUUGGAUUAUCUUCAUCAUCAAUGUGAAUGCCCAAUAGUUCACUGUGAUCUCAAGCCGAGCAACAUUCUUCUCGACGAGGAAAUGGUUGCACGUGUUGGCGAUUUCGGUCUAGCAAAGUUCAUUUCAAGACCCAUCGAUGAACUCUGUACCAAUCAAUCAAGUUCUCACAUUUACUGUGGUUAUUAUUUUUCCCCAAAAUCACAUUUUCCAGAGUACGGGUUGGGAAGCCAAGUGUCGACAUGGGGCGAUGUCUACAGUUACGGCAUUGUCUUGCUAGAGAUGUUUACGGGGAAGAGGCCGACUGAUGAGAUGUUCAGCGAAAAUUUGAACCUUCACGAGUACGUGAAGAAAGCUUUGUCUGGUGAAGUUGAAGAGAUUGUGGACCCGAGUCUUCUUGAGGGAAGACAAGCAGUAGAGCUGAGAGGGGAGCAAAAUACCCGAGCUUUAGGGAGCACUGGAAGUGGCAGAGUCAUUGAAUGCUUGAUUUCAGUACUUCGAGUUGGAGUAGAUUGUUCCAAUGAACGACCAAAGGAAAGAAUGGGUAUCAGUGAAGUAGUCGCUGAGCUGAACUCGAUCAGGAACAAGCUCGUGGCAAGGAGACGUCGGUCUUGA